AUGGGAAACCCAACUGUAGAAACUCCGACUUGUGUUCGAUGCAAGGACCAUCUGGUUAUGGGGCAUGCCUAUGAACUAGGGGGGGACAGGUGGCAUACACACUGCUUUUCAUGCUACAAAUGUGAUAAACCAUUGAGUUGUGAUUCGAAUUUUCUGGUCUUAGGCACUGGGGCCUUGAUCUGCUACGCAUGUUCGGACUCUUGCAAAAACUGUGGGAAGAAAAUUGAUGAUCUGGCCAUUAUUUUAGCUUCCUCUAAUGAAGCUUAUUGCCAGGACUGUUUUAAGUGUUGCAAAUGUGGAUGUAAGAUUGAAGACCUACGUUACGCAAAAACCAAGCGUGGGUUAUUUUGCAUAGGGUGUCAUGAAAGACUCUUAGAGAAACGAAAAAACUAUGAGGAACGCAAACGUCGACUAAAAAAACAACUACCAUUAAUACCCCCGAAUGGCAGUAACUCCGAUGUUGAUACCGCAUCUGCUGUAAUUGAAUCAACCCCAGAUCUUACCAUUCCGGAGCGCUCCAUGAACAGGCCCAUGUCACCCGGAAAAGAAACCCAUCUGGUCUCUUAUAAAGAUCAAAGUUCGUUACACUCCAGUCCACGCAAUCAUGGACACCACGUAUCCAGUGCUUCUUCACUUGCUGGUCCUAUAGAUUUUUCCGAGACUAAUUCGGCUAGUGGCGAACCACCCACAACUUCCGAGAAGCAUGAUCAAACUGAUCUCACUGCCAACAAUAGCAACAUCCACAGUAAUUCCGAAAGUGUGGUUGCGCAAUUUCUGAUUGACGGUGAUUAUAUGAGUACCGCGGACGAGGAGUCCGUUAGAGGACCGCCAGUAAGUGAAGUUGCGCCUGAGGAUCAAGACAAAGUUGCCUCCAACCAUGUCACCCCGAAAAGAACUCACAAGACCAACUUAUCAAUUGAUGAUAUGCUUAAGAAUACCCUGGAUCUUGACAACGAUGAAGUUCAGGAUGCGAAAAGUCUAAAUCUCCUGCCCAAUCAACACAAAAAAGUCCUCUUAAACAGGACUCCCUUAAGAAAUUCUCAUGAAGAGCGUAUUAAUAAGUCGCCUACCGCUUAUAGACAAGGACUUAUAUUCACUGAUGAAGAUGUAGUGGCAAUUAAUUCACCAGAAAUGUCACAAGACCAGAACCGAUCAGCAAGCCCAGGACUGGGAAUAAUCACACCUUCCAAAAGCGCAGUUGUCAGUAAUGAAAAUGACACAAUGGGAAUAAGCUAUGAGAGCUUACCUCCACAUAAUAGUGUCCCUGGCUCUGCGGGUUCUCAAAUCUCGCGUUCUCCACCACCGCCUGGUCAUCAUAGAAGAAGUUCAAGUGGAAAUGCCAAGAAGUUAGGAAGAUCAUUAUCCAUGCGGUCAAAAAGUAUCAUGAUGAAUUUAAGACCCAAGUCAAAGGAUGCUAAGGGUGGUUCGUGGUCUACAGCAGAAAACGACCUAGACACUCAUUCUGGGUGGGGAGUUGCAGCGAACUCCUUCGCCGAUUCACCUUCAGCAAGGGAGCGACAGGCUUCAAAACAUACUAGUGACAGCACACUAUACCAGCCUACUCGUCAAGACGGUGCUCACCACAAUCGGUCCAGCAGUGGUACCACGGGUGUUUCCAUAUUUCGGACUCCCCCAUUGACCUCGCAGUCUGGCUUUGUCAGGAAUGGGUCUCUGAAUAGCAAACUUCUUGAUCACGGAGCCCUCCAAAUCGAUGAGCAUGAUGAGGAAAACGAUAAAACUCCAACAAACGACCAAUUUUUCAGGAAAGAUGUUCAAGAAGCUGAGCUCACACUUCGUCGCUUGAAGCUUGAAGUUAGCCAAUUACGAGCAACAAAAGCCCAGCUGUUGAGCGAUGUCGAUUCUUUGAGAUCAUCGAAGGACUCGUUACUGGACGAGAUUGAGCUCUCAAAAGCUCACAAGAAGCACAGUGCAACACAAUCCACGGAAUCCUUGGAACAUGACAAUUUUGAAGAUUCGGUAGAAAGGCAAGCGGCGACAGCUAGCGUUGCAACUACGGAAAAACCAAAGUUCUGGAAACUUUUUAGUGCAAGUAAGCAUGCACCGGGUCACGCAGGUGGCCAUGGUAAGUUUGAUAUAUCGCCUCCAGUCUUACAAAAUCCUAAUGAGUUCGAAGACGUCAAACUCUUACCGGUUCAAAAAGAUAGCAAAGGUUUGUCAUCCUCACCUCCUGCUGCCAACGAUGGAAAUAGCCUGUACGGAUCAACGCUGAUAGCCCGAUGUAGCUACGAGGGCAGAGACGUACCUGUGAUCAUUGACACAUGCAUUAAGCACAUAGAGUCUAGGAAAGAAUUUUUACAAAGUGAUGGUCUUUACCGAAAAUCUGGAAGUAAUGUACUGAUUGAACAGAUUGAGGCUGCAUUUGGUCAGUGGAAGCCCGAGGAGCCGAUCUCAGACAAAUUGCGCCUCCAAUUGAAUCAGGAUAUUCACGCGGUGACCGGGGUACUGAAAAGAUAUUUAAGGAAACUUCCUGAUCCUGUGUUCUGUUUUCAGGUAUACGAGCCUCUCAUGGCGUUCGUUCGUGAAAGGGAUCUGGUGAACGCGUUGCCACUGAAGGGCAACUAUGUGGGUGCAAAUAAAACGGUAUUUCAAAACGCGGUGGACCAAUUAAGUUCCCUCCUCCGUCAACUGCCCAGACAACAUUACACUCUUCUCCUGGUCUUGGUCCGGCACAUCGAAGAGGUUUCUCGGCAUAGCGAUCACAACCUCAUGAAUCUGCACAAUUUGUCUCUAGUGUUUACUCCCGGCCUCAUACGCGACUACUCGGGGGAGAAGGACAUUACAGACAUGCGAGAGCGGAACUAUCUGGUCGCAUUUGUACUCGCGAACCACCGUCAUUUGUUGAACUAG